GUGUCCGUACUUCUCUUCUUCUCGCGUUGACGUAAAACAUCGACACAAUCAGGAAGUCCGGGGAAUUUAUACGAAACAUAAAAGUUGAAUGGACCGUGGAUCCGCCGCCUUUCACCGACAAAAUAAUGACGAGCCACAUUUGUUGACGCUACCUAACGUAUCGAUGUCGUUAAUGUCUUUAUUACUAUCUUAUUAACUUAUCUAAGUCGUCAUUUGUUACCCGGUGCGCUUUGGUUUUUCACUUUUCCGAGUGAGAGGGAUGGAUGUUCCUCAGCUCACUGAAGAUGAGAUGGCAGAGAUCAAGAAAGACGUGCUGACCAGAAUGCGGCACUACCUCUGCGACAAGAUCAGAGCCGAGCGCCACCUCGACUACCUGCGCUCUCGCCGGAUCCUGACGCGGGACGACGCGGAGGAAAUCAGCUGCAGGACCACGCAGACCAAGAGGACGGCCAUGUUGUUGGACUUACUGGCCGAGAACCCCCGGGGCCUGGACACCUUGAUUGACUCCAUCAGGGAGCUGCGCUCACAAAACUUCAUCAUCACCAAAAUCACAGAUGAGGUGCAAAAGGCCAAAAACGAGAAGAUCGAGUCCCUCAAAGUGGGGGCUUCCAGUUCCUCGUCCGACACCGGCGUCGGCACUCCGAUCCCGACCAGCGACACCCCCUCCAUGUUUUCAAACAACUCCACUCUGCUCCUCCACCCCGACGGAGAACGAAGCCUCUCCACCUCAGACGUAGCAGGCUCCCUCAACCUGCUGUCCUUACAGAGAGGCGGAGACUUGACCUCCGCGGGCGGCGUCAGCAUCGGCGUCGUCUCCUCCUCCAGCCUCCCGAGGCCCGGAGAACCCGGAGCUCCUCCGCUGCCGGAGGAGGUGAUGGUGGAGUCCCCCUCCAACAUCGACGCCGGAACACCGGGGUGCACCAGCACCGGAGGGGACCCAAACUUCCAGCCCCUCCGGUCGCGCUCUCUCACUCCAACAUCACACAGGAGCAUCUUUUAGUUCUACAACUCGACAAGACUCUUUUCAGUUCAAGGGACAAACCAGCAGAAUCCUCGUCCACUCAAACUCCCACAAGCCCUCUCUCCUUGUCUCCUCUCUUUGGUGUUGUCCGUGCUUUUGAUUAGGCAGGAAUUGUCAUACAUGCUAUUAUAUUUCUCCUAAAUCAAUCAGCUGUUUAUAAUAGAGAUAGGGACCAUUUGUCACUUGGGUUUAAAUAUUGUUGGAGAGUUUUUGAUACUGGUGCUAAUUCAUUAACUUAGUUUUGAUCCAAAGCCAAAUAAUACCAGAGUUUCAAGAAUAUACACGCUUUUCUCCAAAACCUUUUUUUUUAAUUAAACAAAAUGUGUGUUGUUUUUUAAAAAUAUAAGCAGGUGUACAAUAACUUUGCCAAAAUAGAAUACAGUUUAAAUUUGCAAAAUUGUGAUUUAAGUCCUUCAUAGUUUUGAACACUCAUGUUUCAAACACAUGUUGGUACCCAGAGAAGAAGUCUUGAGGUUUGAAUCCCAUGUUUUGAGCUCUCGACCUCUCCUCCUCCUUUUCUUUUACAAAAGGUGUGAUGUCCUGAUAAACUGUUGAACCCUGCAGAUACAGUCUCUAGGUGCGGUGAGAGACUUUUAUACACUGGAAUGACCAGAAUAUAUGUGUCUGAUCUCAUUAGACGCUGCUUUUCAUCACAGCGGUGUACCUCAAAAUGAUGACUUCAAGUUCAUUCUGUGCAGCAUUAAAUCACUACAAAAGUCUUGAAUCUGAAAACCUGUUGUGAAGCAGCAAACCAUGUCCCACUUAUUCCCUGGUCCCAUGUACAACAACUGAUUACAUACUAAAGGUUUUCUGUAUGAAUUCAACUCAUGUUUCCUCUCUUCAUUGAUGUGGUGGUUUAGAAAAUAAAUGUUUUCGUUUAUUUACUGAGACAGCUUUCUGGUAAUCCGGUCUGUGGAAUCGUAUCGGAGUCUUUUGAAAGCUCUUGAAACACAAUAUGAAUUCAUUGCAGAAGUUUCUGUGUG